AUGUCUACAACCGAUACUCAAGCAACCGGCAACUCCUUGUCUAUCACUCGUGAUACUUCUUCCAUCGAUCAUUCUGAGCGCCCCACAUCCUAUUUUUGUCCCCGUUACAAUAAGAAGCUUGACACGACUGAGGUACUUGUUUACUCCGUUCCCGGUUCUGCUAUAGAUCAUGAUCAACUCUUCGAAUAUUUUGAGAAAUCCGAGCAGUCUUGUGUGGACUUGGCCCGAAAUAUUCGAAGUCACGUUCGUGCUCACAAAGAGCUGAGUGGGUUAUCAGAUGAACAGAUCAACUCCCGUUUCCAAGCGGGUCUACAAGCUAAAUUCGACUGCCACACCAAUCCAAUCAGUCGGGAAUCGUUCAACGCUCAAGCGAUCAGUCACGAUACGUACAAGCAGCUUUGUGACAUUCAUGAACGUAUGAAUGGGGAUCAAGAAUAUGGAGGAGAUCUCACAAGUUACUUGGUCCUUGUUACUAAAGACUCCAAUGCUCCUUCGGGAUCAACAAGACAAUCAGGAAUUAUCACCGACUUGAAAGUCUGUAGAAACCAAUUCGCAAGUGGAUCUGAAGAACGUCAUCAAAGGAUCGAAAAUACCAAAUACGCUCAUGCACUUGGCACAACGCUACAACAGGAGCACGGGCUUACCAGAACAUAUCCAUCCAUCGAAGAGAUCAAACAUCUCGCCCAGAAGACAAACAAGGACGUGGAGGUACUUAGCAUUCCUGAGGAACAUGCGAAACAUCUAAAUUUCCUGGUGGACGUCAAACCGACUGUACUUUCCGAAUCUGAUAUACAAGCUUUGGCCAAAAGAAGUGGUGUAGAAAACUCAAGCGGCAGCAAGAAUAAAGCACCUUCCGUUGGGGAUACCUCUGCUUUCACUACCACCAAGCUACAGGGCGUGGGAAGCGUUACGAGGGAUGAAGGGGUUACGCCCGCCAAUCAUGUUUCCUGGUUCAAACGAUUCAGUAGAAGCAAGCAGUAA